CAUUAGUGAGGCCUCACACCCCGCGCUGCAAGUUCGGGGCUGGAGGCGUCCCGGCUCCCUCCCUCCUGGAGGCGGGCCCGGCCCCGCCCCCGCGCUCGGGGUCGCUCCCAGCGGCCCCGCCCACCUCCUACUCCUGGCCUCCCCCGGCGCAGCUCACUCCCCGCCGCCCGCAGCCUGACACGCCGCGCGGCCCCCCAGUCUUCUGUGGCCGCCUCCCCCAGGCAUGGCACAGGGCCUCUUCUCACUAUGGCAGCAGCAAGGCACAGCACCCUGGACUUCAUGCUCGGCGCCAAAGCUGAUGGUGAGACCAUUUUAAAAGGCCUCCAGUCCAUUUUCCAGGAGCAGGGGAUGGCAGAAUCGGUGCACACCUGGCAGGAUCAUGGCUAUUUAGCAACCUACACAAACAAAAAUGGCAGCUUUGCCAAUUUGAGAAUUUAUCCACAUGGAUUGGUGUUGCUGGACCUUCAGAGUUACGACAGUGAUGCACAGGGCAAAGAAGAAAUUGACAGUCUUUUGAACAAAGUAGAAGAAAGAAUGAAAGAAUUGAGUCAGGACAGUACUGGGCGAGUGAAGCGAUUACCUCCCAUAGUUCGAGGAGGGGCCAUUGACAGAUAUUGGCCUACUGCUGAUGGACGCCUGGUUGAGUACGACAUAGAUGAAGUAGUAUAUGAUGAAGAUUCUCCUUAUCAGAACAUUAAAAUUCUACACUCGAAGCAGUUUGGAAAUAUUCUUAUCCUCACUGGCAAAGAUGUGCUGAUUCUAGGAGGCGGAGAUGGGGGUAUAUUAUGUGAAAUAGUCAAACUGAAACCAAAGAUGGUCACUAUGGUAGAGAUUGACCAAAUGGUGAUUGAUGGAUGUAAGAAAUAUAUGCGAAAAACAUGUGGUGACGUCUUAGACAAUCUUAAAGGAGACUGCUAUCAGGUUCUAAUAGAAGACUGUAUUCCAGUACUGAAGAGGUACGCCAAAGAAGGGAGAGAGUUUGAUUAUGUGAUUAAUGAUUUGACAGCUGUUCCAAUCUCCACAUCUCCAGAAGAAGAUUCCACAUGGGAGUUUCUCAGAUUGAUUCUUGACCUCUCAAUGAAAGUAUUGAAACAGGAUGGGAAAUAUUUUACACAGGGGAACUGUGUUAAUUUGACUGAAGCCUUGUCACUCUAUGAAGAACAGCUCGGGCGCCUCUAUUGUCCUGUGGAAUUCUCAAAGGAGAUCGUCUGUGUCCCUUCAUACUUGGAAUUGUGGGUAUUUUACACUGUUUGGAAGAAAGCUAAACCUUGAAGAUGAAUAUCCCCUAAUCAUGUGUGCUGCAAACAGCUUUCCUGACCUCUGAAUGCUGUACAUGACAUUAAAAAGAGUCGGGCAAUUGAUUGUGAACUCCUUAAAGUUUCUCUUCUUUUAAUUAUUAUUUUUAAUUUAAAAAAGCAAAUGGAAAAUGUAUAUUUUGAUGAGCUAGGGUGUUAUUUUUGGAAAGUCAGCUGAAGGGCAAUUAGAUAGUACAGCAAAGACUGCGAAGUGCACUGACCCUAGAAUGUGAUUUUUGUUACUUUUUAGUUCUGUGUGGGUUUUUUUGUUUUUCUUUUUGUUUUAGUUUUGGUAGACCUAAAUUUGGAUGUUUGGAGGAAUGAACAUCAUUUUUUUUGUUCUGGAGGGAAGUUCUUGGUUUGAUUUCUUUCCCCCAAAAUGGAUUUAAAUAUCAAAAUUUGGUGCUUAUAAGAAAGUUAAAAAAUGAAUAGCAAUGCUUCAAUUAAAAUAACAAAGGAGACAUUUCAUGUGUUUUGUUGUUUUGUUUUGUUUUGUUUUGUUUUCCAGCCCAGUCCCCUCUUCCUCCUUCUGGCUUAGAACAAAGGUAUUUCCUAGAUUGUUUUUACUUCUGUAUAGCACUUGGUACUAUUUAUCUCUUUAUAAUGGGAUAGCCUUGGGGCCUUUCUUGAACAGUAAUAAUGACUUCAUUUAGCACUGUGGUAAAUGAUACACAGCCCAUUACAUUCACCACUUCCUUCUUAUAAAGUUGACCUGAGGAUAGCAAGAAAUUUUGCUUGACUGUAAAGUUGAAAGUCAAAAGCCUAUUUCUAUCCCCACUCUUACUGGUAUAUUAAGUAUAGAAAUGAGAUCAUUUAGGAUAGCUGCUAUGAAACUUUGAGAAGAUUCUUGGAUGCAUAGCUACAUGAUAGAGUUUAUGGAGAGGCUUGUGGCAAAAAGAAUGACUUAAAAACUACUAAGAAAGGGCACAUAACUUAGAGCUUGCUUUUGUAUUCUGGGUAACAGUCCAAUAUCAAAGGGGAAUUUAUAGUGACUUGGAUUAUUAGACAGUACUUGGUAAUCCUGUUGUUUUAUAAAGAUUUAUACUAAUCAGUGGAAUCAUUUCAUUUACAGUGAAUUUAUACUAAGCAAAACAUUAAAAAUGAAAUAUCCAGUUGAGAUAUAAUUAGUGACACCAUAGAACAUUCUCCCCAAGGUAUGAUUAAAUGGUGUAGUAUAUUAAAAAUGUUCUUUUUUAUUGGAUUGGUGAGGAACAAUAAGGUAGAAUAAAAGGAGUUAGAGAGUCACAUUGAAACUUGAUAAGCUGAACACAUAGUUUUCUUGUACACAUAUAGGUUAAAAAUGGAACUGGUCUUCCUGUGCCUUUAAAUUCUUCUAUAGUGCUAUGCAAAGGCUGUGUAUGUUGGGUAGGAUUUUAAAAUGAUGCUGCUGCUACUGUUAGAACACUGUUUGAGGUCAAUAGAAUGGAGGUGUUUUUUCUUUCCAUUUUAGAAAAGAAACCAAAUGUAUCUGCUGUUUGAUAUGAUAUGAUUAGAGUGUGCAUUACCUUGUACCUGAGGACUAACUUGAUUCCAAGGCACCAGAUCCACUAAUAAGUCUGGUGAUACAGGUCCUGUUAAGAACUGAGACAGGUAGAAAUUAAGUGGGUCAGGUUGUGCCAGAUCACGGGAAGAUGCAUUUGGGAGAAAAUAAGGGAAGUGAUAUGAGGGGUAAGAAAGAAAUGGAAAGAUAGAUAUUUUUAUCUUUGGUGAUAAUAUUGAAUUCUGAUCCAACCCAUUUCUUUGUGUUGGAGAAAGGAUGAUGUCUGAUUAUUUUGAACGUCUUUGUUGUUAUUUUAAAACAAAAGCAUGCAAACUGAAUAAUGACAACUAAAUUCACCUUGGCUUUUGCUGCCUUUUAUGGAAAUGUUAAAUGAUCUAGCACUGUUAUCUUAUUUUAAUGGCUGCAGUGUUAUAUAGUGUUAAGGUGUCCUUUAGAAUAUACUGUUGUAUCCUGUAGCUGCUUUUUUAAUGAAAGACAAGACUAACAUGGCUAUAGUUUAAAUUCUAUUCAACACAUCACCAGAUAUCAAGUAUUGAUUUAUUUAAAAAAUGAAAUGCUGCUUUCUCUUGGAAAUGUGAUUGAAUAUUUAUAAAACUUGAUUAAUGAUCAUCCAAUUGGGCUGGUAGAAGGCUGGUUUGAAGGUGUUUUUAAUGGGCUGAAGCACUGUUGAUGUCAAAAUAAAAUGUUCUGUUCCUUUCUGUGCAGUUUGAGUAAAUCACGUCCUUGCUUGCAUUAUCUGUUGCUGACACAAGAGUUUGCAUUUCUCUCUACCAUCUGUCAAUAAAUUAAUCAGUUGCA